AUCCUAUGGAAGGGGUGGAGGUCCCUGGGUUCCGGAGUAGUGAGCAGGCGGCGAGACUCCCAGGCCCUCGGCCGGCUAUCGGAAAGGACGGCGAGAGCAGAGGAGGGUUGAGUCUCAAGACUUAGCCGCCCUCAGUCCUCGUCUUGAGAAUUCUGCGGGGGAUAUGAAGAGAUGUGUGCAUUGAAUCCCACAUGGCCUCUGAAGCCACGGGCACCUCCAUCUCUGCCUUGGCAUGGUCCUUUGAGUGAAUGACCUCCUUGGAGACCAUUCCUCUGCUCCUCUUGCUACUAUCCAGGAGGCAGAAGAUUCCACAGGUCCAGGAAAGGCCCAUUGCCCCCAACCUUCAAGAAACUACCUCAUGCUUGGGGAAUUAGGAUGACCAUGGCUCUUGUAUUCAGUGUCCUGCUGCUACUGGGGCUGUGUGGAAAUAUUGCUUCAGGAAGUCAGCCUGUGUCCACAAGCACUCCUGGGGCUUUGGAUUAUGAAUUGCCUACCUCAGAGUAUGAGACCCCAGACACAUUUAAUGCCGGGACCGUUGGCCCUCUCUACCGAAUGGUACACAUCUUCCUCCAGGUGGUCCAGCCGAAUGAUUUCCCCCAAGAUAUGAUCAAAAAAAUCAUACAGAGGAAUUUUGACUUCUCAGUUGAUUCAAAGGAGAUUGCCUACUAUGAAAUUGGAAUCCUUAUCUGCACCAUCCUGGGACUGCUAUUUAUUAUCCUCAUGCCUCUGGUGGGCUACUUCUUCUGUAUGUGCCGCUGUUGUAACAAAUGUGGCGGAGAGAUGCACCAGCGGCAGAAGCAGAAUGAGUCGUGCCGGAGGAAAAGCUUUGCUCUUUCGCUCUUGGUCAUUUGUCUGCUCAUGAGCCUUGGCAUCGUGUAUGGUUUUGUGGCCAACCACCAGGUAAGGACCACGAUCAAAAGGACCGAGAAUCUGACAGAGAGCAAUUUCAGAGACUUGCAAACAUUCCUGAAUGAAACCCCAAAGCAAAUUGACUAUAUACUGGCUCAGUACACCAACACCAAGAACAAGGCAUUCUCAGACCUGGAUGGUGUCGAUUCCUUGCUGGGAGGCAGAAUAAAGGACCAAGUAAAACCCAAAGUAAUCCCCGUUCUCGAUGAGAUUAGGGCCAUGGUGACAGCCAUCAGGCAGACCAGGGAUGCCCUGAAGAGCAUGAAUGACAGCCUCAAGAACAUAAGUGACGGGAGCAACCAGCUCAGCGCCAACCUGACCGAUGUAAAAAAUAGCAUGGAGACUGCGCUUGAGAACAGCAAUGACUGUGCUUCAGAGCCGGCCAAAGAUAUCUGUGACAGCAUCAGAUCAGAGCUAAGCAAUCUGGGGAGCAACCUCAAUGACAGCCAGCUCCAGUCUGUGGAUAAAGAACUCAACAAAGUCAAUGACAUCUGCAAGACUGAUCUGGAGAGCCUCGUCGACAAGGGGUACGCGUCGAUUGAUGAAAUACCUGGUAAGGUAGGAGAGCAAACCGUGGAUGUGGUCGCAGACGUCAAAAAGGCCUUGGAUUCCGUCAGCUCCACCGUUCAGAAUGUGAGCCAAAGUAUUCCUAUUGAGGAGGUGCUGUCUCAGGUCUCCCGUUAUGUUAACGACAGCAACAAUUACUUCCACCAGGAGCUGCCCAAACUGGAAGAAUAUGACUCAUACUGGUGGCUGGGUGGCUUGAUUGUCUGCUUCCUGCUGACCCUCAUCGUGACCUUCUUCUUCCUGGGCUUGCUGUGUGGUGUGUGUGGCUACAACAGGCAUGCCACCCCAACCAGAAGAGGCUGCGUGUCCAACACUGGAGGCAUCUUCCUCAUGGUCGGGGUUGGAUUCAGCUUCCUUUUUUGCUGGAUAUUGAUGAUCCUUGUGGUUCUUACUUUUUUCGUUGGUGCACAUGUGGAAAAGUUGAUCUGUGAACCUUAUGCAAACAAGCAAUUAUUACAGCUUUUGGACACUCCCUACCUGCUAAGAGAAGACUGGCAGUUCUAUCUCUCUGGCCUGAUGCUCAAUAACCCAAACAUUAACCUGACAUUUGAACAAGUUUACAGUGAUUGCAAAAAAGGUCGGGGUGUAUACGCUACCUUUCAGCUUGAGCAUGUCUUCAACGUCAGCGAGAAUUUCAACAUUGAGAAGCACACUGGAAAAAUAAUCAAGGAGUUGGACAACCUGAAUGUGGAUAUUGAUAACAUUGAACUGUUCAACAAAACAGGAAGGGACAAUCUGGAGAACUUUAUAACUUCUGGGAUAGAUGCAAUCGAUUAUCCCACGUACUUGAAGGAGGCUGAGAAAUCUCCUACCAUAGUAGAUCUGCUGGUGUUUGCUUCUUCUCUGGAAGAAAAGACAGACAAGUUGCCUGACGGAAACCUGAAGCAGGACUUGAAAACACAGGUGCAGAGAAUUAAAACCAUUCACCAGCAGGAAGUCCUUCCUCUGCAGCAAUCACUGAAUACUUUAAAACAAAGUAUCCGGACACUUGAGCGCAUAAGCGAGAAGUUGCGGGAGAGAGUGAACAAGAUCAUCAUGUCUUUGGAUUCUGCUCAGAAUUUCCUCAUCAGUAACAUUUCCUCUAUUGUUAUUGAAGAAACGAAGAAGUUUGCGAAAACAAUAGUAGGCUACUUUGAACACUACCUGCACUGGGUCUUGUAUGCCAUCACAGAGAAGAUGACAUCCUGCAAACCUGUGGUCACUGCGAUGGACUCCGCUGUUAAUGGCGUUCUGUGUAGCUAUGCUGCUGACCCUCUGAAUUUGUUCUGGUUCGGCAUCGGACAAGCCACGGCGCUCUUGCUUCCCGCUGUGAUCAUCGCUGUCAAGCUGGCCAAGUACUAUCGCAGGAUGGACUCAGAGGACAUAUAUGACGAUGUUGAAACUGUCCCCAUGAAAAAUUUGGAAAACGGUAGUAAUGGUUAUCAUAAAGAUCACUUAUAUGGUGUUCACAAUCCCGUUAUGACAAGCCCAUCUCGCUACUGACAAUUGAAAUGGAAAUCGCUUGAGCGUCAAGACAGUCAAAGUGGAAAGGAUCCCAGACUUUGGAUAGUCUCUGAGUCUUCUAGAACUUUCCAAGUCCAGAAGGAAUCAUGGUGGCAAAUGUGGAGACUCAGGCGGGCACUGAGAACAUGGCACCAGUGGUCUUAGGGUAGCACUUUGUCAGGGACGAACAGUCAUGGCUAUAAUCCACAUGUCCAUCGCUAUCCAAGAAUGACUCUCCCCUGUUUUUAACUUUUUUUUACACUGAAUUUCUAUUAGACACUAAAAUAUAUGGGGCUUCUUGGUCCUUCUGGAUACAUUCACCUUUGAGCCAGCUCUUUGGAUGUCAUCGCUGCGUACCUAACUUACUUCCAUAUAUGGAGUGUGCUAAACACAAACCAGUUUACAAAAAAAAAAAAGGUGUAUUUUGCAUAUAGUAAAUUGUAUAUAUUCUCUUCUACCACAGUCGGGGUUUUUUUUUUUUUACACAAAUGAAUACUCUAGAUUUUUCUCCUAAAUGAGGUUCCCUUUGGGUUGGGCUGUAGAGAGGACUCUGUAUGCAUCGAAAGCGUGUGAGCCCUGCAGCAGGCACGUGAAUCUCCCUCUGCUGGUUGCCAGUCUGCCUGUUGGACAAAAAGAUGCCUGCUUGACACCACUGGCAAAUUCAGAACAGAGAGAACUCGAGAGAAGGAAGCAUUGCUCAGCCGGAAGCGGAAUGGUUUUCACAGAUGCCAGUCCUGGUUCACGGUUUAGUGGCACACUUUCUGAUUUGUGAGGGUGGCCGUAAGUUCUAUGUCUUCUGACUAUUAGUGGGGUUCUAAAAUGAGGGGCAAGAACUCCUAUCAUGAUUCUGAGAUCUGAAAUAAA